AGAACCCGGCCUUGCUGCCUCCACAGGCAGCCGCCAGUUCACAACUGCGGCAGCUAAAUUUUUCCCCAACAAUCAGUAGAACAAUCGAUCGCCUCUGGAUAGCGGCGGUGCGGCUUCGCUUCUCGGCCUGGGCCUAGUUAUCGUAGGAUACUUUGAAAAAUGGUCAGUGCACAGCUGACGAGUGGGAACCUGGACAAUUCGUUCAAUGCACUCAUGGUUUCCGGUGGCGGUGAGAGUGUACAUGCACAGAAUGGUGGAACAGGCACCACCUUCUUAGGUUGGAAGGACCUUCCAAUGGAGCUGCUUCUGAGGAUCCUUUCAGUAGCUGGAGAUGACAGGAUGGUUAUUGCGGCCUCUGGUGUUUGCACCGGGUGGCGUGAUGCACUAGGAUGGGGAGUCACAAGUCUUUCAUUCUCGUGGUGCCAGGACCACAUGAAUGAGUUGUUAAUGUCACUGGCUCACAAAUUUACAAAGCUUCAAGUCCUUUCUCUACGGCAAAUCAAGCCUCAGGUGGAAGACAGUGCAGUGGAGGCUGUAGCAAAUAAUUGUCACGAUUUGCGCGAGUUGGAUCUGAGCAGAAGCUUUAGGCUUAGUGAUCGAUCCUUGUAUGCUCUGGCACAUGGUUGCCUUCAUCUUACGAGGCUAAAUAUCAGCGGAUGUUCCAAUUUCAGCGAUGCUGCUUUGGUCUACCUCACUAGUCAGUGCAGGAACCUCAAAUGCUUGAAUCUGUGUGGGUGUGUUAGGGCAGCUUCUGACAGAGCAUUGCAGGCAAUCGCACGUAACUGUGGUCAGCUGCAAUCUUUAAACCUAGGUUGGUGCGAUACCGUCACUGACUGGGGAGUGACUAGAUUAGCAUCUGGAUGCCCUGAACUUAGGGCUGUGGACCUGUGUGGUUGUGUUCUUAUAACAGAUGAGAGCGUGGUUGCUCUUGCAAAUGGAUGCCCUCACCUGCGAUCCCUGGGGCUGUACUACUGCCAGAACAUCACCGACCGUGCCAUGUACUCGCUGGCAGCGAAUAGCCGCAUCAGGAGCAAGGGCAUGAGCUGGGGCACUGCCGAGAGCGGUGGCAGGCGUAGCCGUGACGACAAGGACGGGCUCUCGAACCUGAACAUCAGCCAGUGCACUGCACUGACGCCCCCGGCUGUGCAGGCGGUGUGCGACUCCUUCCCAGCGCUGCACACAUGCCCGGAGAGGCACUCCCUCAUCAUCAGCGGAUGCCUGAGCCUCACCGCUGUCCACUGCGCCUGCGCCCUCCACCCGCACCGUGCAGGGAGAGCCCUGCUGUCUAACCAUGCUUACUAAGAACCCAACCUACAUGGCGGGGUUCUGAGAUCCCAGUAUGGCAGAAUUUGUAUCGUGUUGUAUCAGCGAAUGUAAUAUUGAACAAGGGGGGCGUGGAAGUAUGUGUAUACUAAUGACAAAACGAGUUGUCCAGGAAAUGGGUGAAGACA